GGGGGUAUUAACGUAAUUUGCUCUAAAUUCUAAAACCCAUGGCAACUGAACUCGCAGGUUGAGAACCGUUAAACCCUAGCUUCUUCUUCCUCUUCCUCUUCGCUUAGCGUCUUCGUCUCUCGCACUUCGUUUUCAGCUUCACCUCGCAGAAGAAAGAGUGUAAAAAGAAACGAAGAUGAACAUGAACGAAGAGAGUGUUGAAGGAAGCGCGAGGAGGAUCCAAGUGCGCUUCGUGACAAAGUUAGGCGAGCCGUACAAAGUUCCGACCACCGCCAUCGCUAUCCCCGCCGACCUCGCUCGAUUCGGCCUCUCCUCACUCGUGAACGCACUCCUUCAAUCCAAUGACGCUGAUCAUCAGCUGGAGCCGUUUGAUUUUUUGAUCGAUGGCGAGUUCGUUCGGAUGUCGCUGGAGCAGUUUCUUUUGGCCAAGGGAAUCUCUGCGGAAAGGAUAUUGGAAAUUGAGUACACAAGGGCUGUGGCACCACGGAAGGAGGAGGACCCUUCUUUACAUGAUGAUUGGGUCAGUGCUGUUGAUGGUUCUUCUUCUCGGUUCUUUUUGACAGGAUGUUAUGAUGGUUUAGGGAGGGUAUGGAAAGGUGCUGGAUUAUGUACCCAUAUAUUGGAGGGACAUAGUGAUGCUGUCACUUCUGUUAGUAUCAUCAACCCAAAAGGUGAGGAAACCAUUACAGUAGCUACUGCUUCGAAAGACCGGACAUUGAGGUUAUGGAAGCUCAAUGCAGAGGGUCCUGUAAAUAAUCCUAUGAGGGUUAGGGCUUACAAAAUCUUUCGUGGUCAUAAAUCUUCUGUAAAUUGUGUUGCGGCGCAGACUUCUGGAGAGAUGGUUUGUUCGGCUUCUUGGGAUUGCACCAUCAAUCUAUGGCAAACUAAUGACUUUAAUGCGGAAGAUGACCUAGUGUCUAAAAAGAGAAAAAUUGGAGCUCAAGUUGAGGAGUCCCAACUAGAGGGAGAGGCUUUUACUACCCUUGUUGGCCAUACACAGUGUGUGUCUGCUGUGGUUUGGCCACAACAGGAGUCAAUUUAUUCUGCAUCCUGGGAUCAUUCUAUUAGGAAAUGGGAUGUUGAGACAGGAAAAAACUUGACAGAUUUAUUUUGUGGGAAGGUUCUCAACUGCCUUGAUAUUGGUGGGGAAGGUUCUGCUCUGAUAGCUGCUGGGGGUUCUGACCCUGUCAUUAGGAUUUGGGAUCCUCGUAAACCAGGCACUUCUGCUCCUGUUUUUCAGUUUUCUUCUCAUACGUCUUGGAUUUCGGCUUGCAAAUGGCAUGAUCAGUCUUGGUUUCAUUUACUUUCUGCAUCCUAUGAUGGGAAAGUUAUGUUGUGGGAUCUGAGAACUGCGUGGCCUCUUUCAGUUAUUGAAUCGCACAGUGAUAAGGUAUUGUCUGCUGAUUGGUGGAAAAGUAACAGUGUUAUCAGUGGUGGAGCAGACUCAAAACUUUGCAUUUCUUCAGAAAUUCCUGUAAAAUAGGCUAUGGAGAAUUAGUGAAGAAUGAACUCACCAUCUUUGUCUGUGAUCCAGUAUCAAUCAUCUUUGGGAUGCUCAAUCCCAACACCAACUGUGCUGCUGAUGCAGGACAGAAGGCUUGCAUUCUAAUUCUCUUUUUCUCUGCAAUCUUAACUGCCCAUCCAAUGUUCUGAUCAGCAAGGAUACAUGUAAUCUUCUCGUUUCUAAUCUAUUUACGCAUUCGAUUAUCUCCUUAACUAUCUCCUUCAUAAUCUUCCAAGGUUGCUUCAGAUGAUUUACCUGGCUUUUUCCUCUCCGAGGAUACUAAUCCUCUAGAUAUCCACACUAGACAAUUUGAGAUAAUGAAUCAUUUCCUGUUCUUCUCGUGGUUAUCUUAGGUGUUCACAAAAAUUAUUAUGAUACCUUGAUUGACUAGGAUUAUAGGGAAAGCUCUAUUAGAGGAAUCACAUACCCAUUGUACUGGGUAAGGGACAACUAUAUCAUGUGGCCUUGCCAUUCUAAUUAUUCCCUUUCUAUGGCAUAUUUCACUUAGUUCUCUUGCUA